AUGUGUUUGGUGGGAGAGUUUGAAGAAGCCAAUGCAAGUGCUGAUGGAGUGCUGCAAGAGCAGCAUCUUAGCUCUAAAUGGAAAGCUCCUGCUGCUAGUCUGUACAAGUUAAAUACAGAUGCAGCCUUCCAAGGUCAGCGGCUGGGAAUUGGAGGGAUUUUGAGGGAUGAGGAAGGGGCUGCUGUGGUGGUCUAUUGCUCGACAGAAAAUGGGAGGGUAAAUGUGGCUGUUGGCGAAGCGUUUGCUAUAAGAGCCAGCCUCAAGACAGCCAUGGCAGCGGGCUUUAGGAACUUUAUUCUGGAAACUGAUAAUAUUAGAUUGUUCCACCAUUUGAAGAAAAGCUUCAUAUCUCCUUGCUAUUUUGGCAAUUUGGUGAAGGAUAUUCUGAUCCUUGCUAGUAGUUGUCAAAGUUGUGAUUUUUCUUUUGGUAGAAAGUCGGGAAAUUUUGUUGCCCAUAGCUUAGCAAAGUUGAGUUUCUCUUUUAGUGAUUAUCGUGUUUGGCUGGAAGAGUACCCACCUAAAUAUCAAGGGGCUUUACGUAACGAUAUUGAAAGCUUGGUGAUUUAA